UAAGCACGAAACCGCUAGAAACCACCCACUCUAUAGAACUUUACUAUACGCAGUAACCAUUUAUCAUUAAACUCUAUCACAAACGUUGUUUUAACUGCAAAAAUAGUGUUUAUUGUGAUCGAUACGAGGCAAACGAUCAAAAUGUUUGCCCUGGGAGUUUGAAAUGGAAGAAUUGUUACAAGAUAUAUUCAAGGAAUCUUCUGGUCCAAAGUUAAUCUCCCUUAAAAAAUCAUGUCAGGAAGCACUAGAGCUACUAUGUGCACAAGAUGUCAGCGGCUGGCGGGCGUCGUACGAGCUCCGGCGCGCGUGCCUGCAGCCGUUGCAGGUCGCGCUCGAGAGCAAACGCCCCCGCCUCGUCGCAUUCGCGCUCCAGGGGUUUCAUAAAAUACUUCGUGACGAUAGAUUCCACCGGGGUAUAGAGCCUGAGGAUGAUUCACUAUGGAUGCCGUCACAACUGCUUUGCGCCACUUCAUCAGUCAUGUAUCAGUUACCAGAUACACAGGUACAAAUAUUCCGCAUGUACCUGUCGCUGGCGCUGUCACCGCGGCGCACGCUGAACGGGCGGCUGUGUGUGUGGGCGUGCGGGCGCUGCGGCGAGGCGGCGGGGGGCGCGCCGCACGUCGCCGCCGCCGCGCGCGCAGCCGCCGCGCAAGUGUUGCGCGCGUAUUGUGCGCAGCUCGAUGAAGAAUGCCAAGAGCUACUCUCCGAAGGCUCUCCAUUGGGCAGAAACCACAUAGUGGCGGUGGGAUGCUACAGCGAAGUGAUACCGGUCAUACAGUACUUAUGCAGCAGACUGUCUGAAACACAAUUGGUACCGAAGCAGAAUCCAUUAGCUCUAUUCUUUCUGGACUGCUUGUUGACAUUAAUGUCAAGUUUGUCGGAUCGAGUGAGCGGCAACUCUCACUUCACGACAUUUCUCUGGCAGAAGUUUGUUCCAUCACUUAUCUCUUUCUUGGGAACACCGCGCGUCGAUAAAAACAUCAAAUCUAGAGAACAUGAGGGCCACUUGGUUGAUGAUUCAGGUCGAGGAUCAGGCGCGUUAGUUUGUGCUCCAAGCUUCAACAGCAAACAGGCUAAAACUAUUUAUAGCAUUGCCAACCAGCUAGUCCGACUAGUGGGCUCGACAUCCAACCUACGCCCAGUACUAGAAGCGCUUUACCACAGAAUGUUACUCUACCCUCCGAUACAACACCGGGUGGAACCAUUGAGGAGUGUGAGAGAGUUGCUGCAGCAUCCUAAGAGACUGGUUCAACUGGUACUGCUGAAGAAAAGUGACCCGGAACGGCACAGCGAUGACAUGGCGAUUGUGAGACUAAUUAUGGACGGUAUAGAAGAAUGCGGACGCGGUGGAAAUCCUGAAGUUGUAGCGGCUGCAGUAGAAUGCGUAGUAUCACUACUGGAUGCUUUAGAGAAACUCUGUUCAGGCUCCAACGAUUAUAUUACUGCAGAAGUAGCUACUCUCAUUUUACAUCACUGGCCCAAAUUACACGAUGCUGAUUACUCUGGUCCAUUGACAUAUCAAACGUUGGCAAGAUUGCCAAGCCCGUAUAGAGAUGUCGUAGCGGUUCUACAAAGCAACGAAGAAAAGGAUAAUGAUUCUUCAGAUACAUCGGGUCCAGAAAACAUAAGUUCAGGAAGCGAGGCCGAAGCGGAUUCUGAUGCAGAUAAUGUGUUUUUACCGAGUAGAGCGAACAAUCCCACUACACAAACGAAGCAAGAAAAUAUCAAUGAUAAAACUAAAACCAUUCCGAAAACUUUAAAUCUCGGAAGAUGUACGAUAACUGAAUGCAAUGUGGAUUUAGAAAGGCACAACGCAAGGCAAUUCGUGAAAACGUUACACAAUUCUCUACUUCCAAAACUUCUACAUCUACGAACUUGUAUUGAGGUGGAUGAAGCAAUGCAAGAGUUUGCAUCGAAGUGUUGCCAACAUAAUGCAGCUCAGCCACCAGCCACAGCUUGUAUCAUGAACGCAGAUGGAGUGUAUCUGGCUACUUACGCUGCUUUGCUGCUUACUCUAAAGCAAAGGAGGAGUAAAUAUUAUGCGGAUAUUAGCAAGAUUCCACUGCCUCUAACUGAGGAUGAAUUCGUAGAUGACGUACAAGGGAGCGGAGUUCUAGUGUAUCUGUCAGCCACUUGGCUAAGGGAGCUGUAUCAACAAGUUGUUGCCACAGAUCUAUUGAAAGACGUCCUGUCUAUCGAUCAUCCGCUUAUUCAUCUAUUAUCUGACUUGGGUGGUUUGGAUUCCAAUCCGGUGAUGUCUGACUGGCAAAGAUUGAAAGAGGUAUCAAUGGUACAUAACAAUUCAGACGACACACCGCAACACCAAGCUAGCUUACGAUGGGCCAGGAGGAUACUCACGUGCAUCUGGGAUUCAAUGGUGACAGUACUAAGCGUUCCAUUAACUGGCUAUAGAAAUAAAAAGCACAAAUUACAAGGAAUCAUAUCGAAAAAGAUUAACACGUUUGGCAAGAGGAAGCGGAUUGCUUGGGAAGGAUUGACUAUUCAAUGCUUGGAAGGGCUUCAUAAGGCCGCAAGAAUAAGCACCACACUAAGUCUACAGAAUCGUUGCAAUAGCAUUUUAGCAUUGUUAGCCAGCUCAGCUAUAUCACAGCCGGCUAAUGGGAAAAUAUUGUCUACACAUGCCUUGUCGCUGGACAUUUUAAUAUCAGGUGGCUUAGAGCUCGGUUCGAAAGCACCAGAGUGCUGGGAUCACAUAUUUGCUGCAUGUCAGUAUGUGUCAAGUUUCGAACACUCACUAUUUGGCCAACAAGGAAACAACGCUACGCCAAUAAUCACUAUGCAAACUGGACGAAAUAAAACAGUUUCCAUACUGCAAGCUGAUGCUAAAUUGGGUUUAGAUGGAAGAGAGGAUGAAACUUGCGUGGAUGUAUUCAACUUUUUGCAACCUGUUUUCGAUAACAAUACGAAUAAUGAAAUGUCUGUGGCGAAAAUCGUGGAAACAUGCCGCCAAGAGGGUGGGAAUAUAAUAUCGGGGUCGAACGCGGCACGCGUGUGCUGCGCGCUGACGGCGGCCGCGGAUGCGCUGUACACGCGCCUGGCCGCCACCACCACGCUGCCCACGCUGCGCGCUGCCUUGCAGAGACUCGUGUCGCAUCACCAUCGACUGCUAUUCUCUACCUGGGAACAAGACGUAGUUAACAACAACAUCGGCUGGUGGCGGCGUGGGGCUGUUGGUAGAGGAAUGGGUGUGGGCGUGGGUGGUGGUGCGGGGGCCGCGGGGGAGGCGGCGCGGGCGCUGUGCCGCGCGGGGGACGUGGCGCUGCGCUGCUUGCGCUCGGCGCGCCCGCUGGCGCACAGGAUGGCGAUAUGGACGGUCGUCGGGCCGCAUUUUAUGCAGGCGGCAUGUCAUAAAGACAUUCAAAUAUCAAGCUUGGCGAUUCAAUGUUUACAUGAUUGCGCCACGACACUUCUCAAUCAGCAAGUUGAAUUGCCUCACUUUCAUUUUAACGAAGCUCUGCUUAAACCUUUUGAAAAUCUGCUUUGUUUGGAACUUUGUGAUGAUGAUAUUCAGGAACAAAUAAUCUCUUGUAUUUGCGAAUUUGUAGAGACUAAUAGGAUGGAAAUACGAUCUGGUUGGCGACCUCUGUUUAAUACCUUAAGAGCAGCAAACAACUCAAACCAAUAUUCGGCUAUUCUCGAAAUAUUUAAGGUUUUCCUAAAUACUGAUAACACCUUGGUGUUUGCUAAUGCAGCCUUGGACUGUAUAUUAUGUCUUCUAAGUCACAUAAAAGGACUUCACUACGAAGAGCCUCAAAAUAAUGAAGCAAAGCCUAAAAAACCAACAACGCCAACCCAGCCAAAACCAAGCUUAAGUUUGAAAUUCUCAAAGAAUAGUAAAUUCAUACCGCUCAGUGAGGAAAAGACUGAAAAAGUAAUAGUGGAUAUGUGUAGAGAAGCGCUUUUCCAUCUGGAAAACUGUGCUGAUAUUUUAACAAUGAUGUAUAAUAUGCCAAAAUGCCCCAUUUUCAACACAGGGAAUAGAAUAAAAGGUGACUUACCUUUGUCAGUUGUGGAUCCGAUUAUACCCAGUGCUUCACUGGACGUCACAAAAUAUAUUAACAACGAAAAUUGUAUUGAGGAACUCAUUUCAUACAGAAAAUUAUCUACAAGUCUACCACCAUCAAACACAACAAAUAAUUGCUUGUUAAAAUUGGACAAACCCAGUAAUAUACUCAAAGUUUGGUAUGUUCUCAUCGAAGGUCUGAUAUCAGCAACAGUUGUUUGUUCCAAAAAGAAUCAACCAGCAGCAAUGGAAACACUAUUUAAAUUGCUCAGAAACAUAGCUGAUGUACCUGGAACACAUUUUGGUCUCCACUGCAUUAAUCAUCUCCUGUUGCCCACUGUUCAAAAUUGGCUUCGUCAAAUUGCCAAUGUGAACACUCAUUGGGAUAGUGUAAUGCCAAAUUUUAAGCAAUGUUGCGGUAUGACAACUGACACAAUUGUAUUUUAUUUACACAAUUUACAACAAAUUAAUGUUGAAUUAGCGACAGCAGAUGAAAAAAACGAUAAAGCAAAUGAACCAUUUGAAAGUCUGGAAGUGACGUUUGCUUUAAAACAAAUCAUGUUAAUUUUGGUGGAAUGCAUCGCACAAGCACAAGAACCCAUCGCAAGACUGGGCGCAUCCUGCAUAAGACAUAUCAUUCUAACAUCAGGACACCUCUUAACAGAUAAUCAAUGGGAAAUAGUAUGUACAAGUUUACAUAGGGCUUGUAAUGUCAGCUUAAGUCCCUUGAAACAAUUGACGUAUGCUUUUAAGGAAAAUUCAAACAGUUUUUAUGGAGAUUUAGCAAUUGUUAAAGUUGCUGCUCGAAGAGAUUGUUCAGUGAAUGACAACGUAAGACUUCAUGCCAUGGCACAACAAGUAUUUCUUACAGAACAACUAAGAGGUGAAAGUAACUUAAAACAAACUUCAAAAAAUUCAUCGCAGAUGUUGAUAGACGACCGUAGUUAUAUAUUUUUAAUCUACCUUCAAGAAGCAGUAAAUUCUCUGAAUCCUGAUUUGUAUACGGUUAGAAUUCCCAAUAGAGGACUAGUUGUUGGAUUAUUGGCUCAUCAAAUACUUAUUCAAAUUAUUGCCACAGUUCUCAUACAAGCUUCUUCUGAUGUUUUCCAUGGUAUUAAUGGGAUUUUACUGGAGAGCCUUAAAAGUGGUACCAAUAUUUGUAACUAUCAAUUUAUUCUCAGCAAGAAUAAUACUGACUUACUCCUUAAAAGUUUAGAGCUCUCGUAUACAAGAGCUAUGCAGUUUGAUUCAAGACCUGGCUUGAAGUUCCUUGUUCAAAAAGUUUCCAAUUUGGACUAUGCAGCGAAUUUGUACAAGCAAACAUCUUCAGCUUGGUUGAUUAAAAUAAUUGCACUCACUGAUAUUUUUUACAAUGGAGUAACGAAAUUUAAGCUGAAACCAAACGACUUAACGAUAAUAUUAAAGAACUAUACGGCAUCUCUAAAUAUGACAUUCGAGUAUGAUCAAUUUGUAAUGAAAAUAUUUGACUUGAAAGCAACGUGGGAACUUUUAUGUAGUAGCUAUUUAAAACACCUAAUAAACGUCACAGACUUCGACAAUCCAGAAAAUAUUAAAGACAGAAUAUCGCUCAGUUCUGUCGAAACAGAUUCAUCAUCUAAUCACUAUGAGGAAUUCUUUAUACAAGAACAACAAGAACAAAUUGAUACGCUUGAAGAAAAUAAAGAAAACAACAUUAACACUAGCGACGAUGAUCAGGAAAAGCCGAGACCAUUCACAUUUGCAGACUUUAAGGCAACUAAUACCAAACUCAACGAAGAUUCACUUAAUUCUCCAACAAUUAACAAAGAAAAUAAAAUAAGUGAUCCGGAGAAUGAAAACGAAGAAAUCGUAAAUGAAGUAUUUGAUGAAACAGAUAGUCCUAUCAAGAGUAAUGAACCUAAAAAAGUCAUUAGAUACUCAGAUGUUAGUCCAGAAAAAGUAAAAUUACCGACUUAUGUGCAAGCAGUGGACAUUGACACUAAAGCCAGAAAUGUAAGCAUCACUAUAAGUGAUGCUGCUAUGGAAAAAAACAAAAACGUUGAAACCAUUCUCCCGCCACAGCCCGUUCCACCAGAAAUAGAACAACAAAGAACUAUUAGCAUUAUUAAGGAUAUUGAAGUACAGAGAAAUUGUUUCCUGAGUAUUUUAAUGGCAUACCUAGAAUUAGUGCUAACUUUCCCAUUAGAAAGAUUUCAUCUCAUCUAUCCUGUCCUGCAGACAGGUUUCGUGCAGCUUGCUAAAACCGUAAACGACCCCCAGCUUCUUGAUAGAAUCAAUGUAUUUUUCGAUAAACGAGACUUGGUCGAAUUUAGUUAUAAGUAAAUAAUUAUUCAAUUAAUCGUGAUGUUAUAACAAUCACUGUAAUAAUAUAUUCCUGGAUCUCUCAAUGAUAAUCGCCAAAUAAAACAACUGUAUUAUGU